AUGGAUACCAUUUCGACACUCGAAACUGCGGGGUGCAUUCUUAACGCAAAUUCGUUUAUUGAGACGACUUUCGCGGUUGCACAGAGCUCUAAAGUACAAGCGCCGUAUGACAACGGCGACACCAUUCUGAGAUCUCUCAAAACUUUCAGACUAGCACUGUCAGAUACACAAAGGCGUCUAGCGACCAGUUUCACACGGUCAGAGGAUGCCCUCCCGCUGCGAGAUCUUGUCUCUUCUCGGGACGCAGCCAUUGUCCUCCUUGAAAGUAUCGAGGAUGUGUUUACACGAUCGACCGACAAGCCGACAGGACGAACUGGACACAUCGCUACAGAAGCCAUUUUGAGGUUAAAGCUCGAGGAGUCCGCUCGCCUCAAGAGUAAUGUAACGCGUGAAAUCGCCCAUGUUCUUAGCCUAGCUCUCGGAUCUCCCAGCUCAGCCAAUCCUUGA